GCGGAAGAGCCUCUUAGAAGCGCUCGUUGUGGACGAGGCCUGGUUUUGUAGGGCUGCGUUUAUGUCUUUGGGGUUUUUAAUCGGUCAGUCAAAGGGAGAAUCAGUUGUUUUUUAAAGAUUUAAAACGUUGUGAAGGAUGUCUGCGGAUUCGGGGUACGGCCAGCAAGGCGGUCCACAAAGCUAUGGAUCUUAUGGUGGACAGGCUGCAAGCGGCCAGGGAUAUGGGCAAGGAAAUGGCACUGGCUCAUAUGGAGCUCAAACUUACAGUGGCUAUGGCCAGCAACCAGCAACUCAAGAAAAUUAUGGGCAGUCUAAUGUGAGUGGCUAUGGUCAGCAACAGACUGCCUAUGAAGGAUAUGGACAGGACACAUCUGCGUAUGGAGACAAGUCUUCUUCCUAUGGCCAACAAGCUUCAGGGUCUUAUGGCCAGCAAGCUUCAUAUGGGCAGCAGCCGCCAACAGCUUCCUAUGGCCAGCCAAGCUCCUACGGCAGUCAGAGUCAAGGAGGAGACACUUAUGGAAACCAGGGUGGCAGUGGUGGCUAUGGAGGAGGCGGAGGAAGCAGCAGCAGCAGCAGCAGUGGUGGUGGCUAUGGAAGAUGGAAUGAUGGUGAAGACAGUGGUCAAGGUGGGAGGUUUGGUGACCGAUCAGAAGGAGGCGGGUUCAGAGGCCGAGGGCGUGGUGGCUAUGAUCGCGGCAGUAGUUAUGACCGCAGUGGGGGGUACGACCGUGGCGGUGGAGGGGGCUACGAUCGCAGUGGUGGCUAUGACCGUGGUGGAUACGACCGGGGUGGAAGAGGAGGACCUCCUGGUAUGGGAGGUGGUGACCGUGGUGGCUACAAAAAUUUCGGUGGAUCUCGAGACUAUGGCUCCAGGGAUGAACCAGCUGGUGAGCAGGAUAACUCUGACAACAACACAAUCUUUGUACAAGGACUGGGAGAGGAUGUGUCGGUUCAGGAAGUUGCUGAUUACUUCAAACAAAUUGGAGUCAUCAAGGUGAACAAGAAAACUGGCCUGCCUAUGAUCAAUAUCUACAAUGAUAAGGUCACUGGUCGUCCUAAAGGAGAAGCAACAGUAUCGUUUGAUGACCCUCCUUCUGCCAAAGCUGCCAUUGACUGGUUUGAUGGUAAAGAAUUCAAUGGCAAACCACUUAAAGUAUCUUUUGCAACCCGGAGAGCUGAGUUCACCCAACGUGGAGGCGGCAGAGGUGGACGCGGAGGUUUCAGAGGUCGUGGAGGUGGUGGUCCCAACUUUGAUAUUAAAGGAGGUGACUGGCCCUGUCCAAACAGUUCUUGUGGCAACAUGAAUUUUGCUCGACGGCAUGAGUGUAAUAAGUGUGGCGCGCCCAAACCUGAUGGUGGUGGCGGCGGCGGCGGCGGUGGAGGCCGAGGUGGCUUUGGCGGAGACCGGGGUGGUGGCUACAGAGGACGUGGUGGAGGUUUCCGUGGAGACCGUGGAGGCUAUGAAAGGGGAGGUGGUGGCGGAUAUGGAGGUGGUUUCAAAAUGGGAGGAAGAGGUGACCGCAGAGACGACAGACGAGACCGGCCAUACUGAACGUGUCGAGAAUUGACUCAAUUUUUAGCUCUUGGGUUUUGUUUAAGUCAGAGGAAAACAUCAAGUAUGACUUGUGUACCUAUGUCAUAGCCAGUCCAUCUCAAUGUAAACAUCAGUCAAUGUUGUGAUGAACUACUGUGAGAGGUCUCUGGGCAAUGUUAUCUUUUUGUUUUAUUUCAUGUACAUGUUUUAAUUUGCAGAUCCUAGUUGCAGUUAUGAGUAAUAGGCCUGUUACGUGUAAUAGGCCUGACGCAUUGUUUUGUAUGAAAGAUUGUUUUACGUGGUUCUUUUCCAAAAUGAUAUUAAACUGUGAUCUUUUCUCGUCUUUUG